AUGGCAAACGUUCCGUCACUGGAGAUCUGUCAGACGUCUGAAGAGGGUUUAUGUCCAUCGUCUUUACUGGAGCAGUCCUGUGAAGACCUGGCGUCAGAGAUGUCUUUUCCAUCUCUCUCACGUUUGAGAUCUCCUGACAGUACUGAAGAGGACGUCAUGUGGCGCUCCAAUCAGACGGCUGCAUCUCUAGCAAACGCUCCGGAGGUUUGCACUGACGUUCCUCUCCAUCAGUCUGAAGCUCCAUCAGCAACAUGUGAAGAGACGCUCAGUGAUCUUAUUGCUGGGUGUUUUCCUGAGUUCUUUCAGCUUUCUGAUCAGACUCGUGACAUCAAACCUGUCGACACGUCCAACUUUUACUCAGGACAUCAGGAGGCGAAGCACGGACACGCUCAAUCUAUUCCAACGUCUCCAUCCAUCAGAGAUCCCCAGCCAUAUCUUCCAAAAGACCCGUCUGAGAUCUUUCCUUCCCCUCAUCAGCCGUACGUCACGUAUCAUCUGACCCCACACUGCCCCGCUCUGGUGCUCGAUGUGACCCGCGCCAACACCCCUCACUUCAUCUGUGUACCUCAACCAAACCACACAUCAUCUCAACUAAGCAUCAACUACACUCCUCUAGAAGCCAAUCACAGCUGUCCAAUGCAUCAAGCCACCCCGCCGUACCCCUUCACUCCCUCACGUGUGUUUCCACCUCAUCUGUGUGUUCUGAACUCAAACCAACCGACGAACGCUCAGCGUCCUUCAGAAUCCCUCGACACAGAUCAGUCCUGGCGCGCACACAUGAUGACAUCAUCAGCAUCACUUCAUGAGAACUUCAGCGUGUGGCAGAGAUUCUGUGAAACAGCCAAAGAGUUUUACUCCAGGAGUCCUCAUGUCCAAGCUCUCACGUGUUUCUUUAUGUUUAUCAAGUUGGAAGAAGAGGAGAGGAGGUUCAUUCAGCACCGCUUCCAGACAAACAAACCCAGAGGGCAGCAUUUAGGGCUGUGGGAGAACCCAGAGGUCACGGACGCUCUGGAGGUCAAGGACAGGUCAGAGGUCAGUGACGGGUCAAUGAGGUGAACACUGAAGAACGUGUGCGCUACCUCUUCGGCCAGAGAAACUGAACUGUAUCGGCUUCCAGUACAACUUGGCCUUAGACACUUCUCUACACGUCAUAGCAAAUUUAUUUUCAAACAGACAAAACAAACCGUUUGGCUCUACGUGGCUGUACGGUCAACA